CUCCUCCUAGACCCCUGUCCCAAAGGGGGGCCUAGAGGAGAAGACCCUGCCAUUGUUAGGGCCCUGUGCCGUGGAGUGGAAUGCCAUGGCCAGUUCCUCGGACAGUGAAGAUGACAGUUUCAUGGCUGUGGACUCAGAAGAAGCAGUGGUGGAAGGGACAAUGGAGCAAGAGGAUGAGCUGCAUGCUGAGCUAGAGGUUGAGGAGACCAGGCAUAACCGAUCGAUGUUGGAGCUGCCAGAAGAGGUUUUAGAAUAUAUUCUGUCCUUCCUUUCACCAUAUCAGGAGCACAAAACCGCUGCCCUUGUCUGCAAGCAGUGGUAUCGCCUCAUCAAAGGUGUGGCACAUCAGUGUUAUCAUGGCUUUAUCAAGGCAGUCCAAGAAGGAAAUAUUCAAUGGGAGAGUCGCACAUAUCCCUAUCCUGGAACCCCAAUCACACAGCGCUUCUCACACAGUGCAUGUUACUAUGAUGCUAAUCAGUCAAUGUAUGUGUUUGGUGGCUGCACCCAGAGCAGUUGCAAUGCUGCGUUCAAUGACCUCUGGAGACUGGACCUCAAUAGCAAAGAGUGGAUCCGUCCUCUAGCAUCAGCAGCAGUACAGCCCAGAAUGCCUCCUCUGAGCUACAUAACCAAGACUGGUACCAGUUCUUAUCCAUCACCUAAGGCGGGGGCCACUUUAGUGGUGUAUAAGGACUUGCUUGUGCUGUUUGGUGGGUGGACACGGCCAAGCCCCUACCCUCUGCACCAGCCGGAGAGGUUCUUUGAUGAAAUACAUACCUACUCGCCUUCCAAAAAUUGGUGGAACUGCAUAGUGACAACACACGGCCCCCCUCCCAUGGCAGGCCACUCCUCUUGUGUAAUAGACGACAAAAUGAUUGUCUUUGGAGGUUCCCUAGGAUCUCGGCAAAUGAGUAAUGACGUCUGGGUUCUGGAUCUCGAGCAGUGGGCUUGGUCCAAGCCAAACAUCUCUGGGCCUACCCCUCACCCACGUGGCGGCCAAUCUCAGAUCAUUAUAGAUGAUGAAACCAUUUUAAUCCUUGGUGGUUGUGGCGGUCCAAAUGCACUGUUUAAGGAUGCUUGGCUACUGCACAUGUGCACAAACCCCUGGACAUGGCAGCCAUUGAAAGUGGAAAAUGAAGACCAUGGAGCCCCUGAACUAUGGUGUCAUCCCGCAUGCAGGGUGGGACAGUGUGUUGUGGUCUUCAGUCAGGCUCCCAGCGGGAGAGCUCCACUUAGCCCCAGCUUGAACUCUCGCCCGUCUCCUAUCAGUGCCACGCCACCAGCCCUGGUUCCUGAAACACGGGAAUACCGCUCUCACUCUCCAGUCAGGAACGCCGAUGAAGCUCCUUGUGUGAAUGGCCGCUGGGGCACCCUGAGACCUAGAGCACAAAGACAGACACCAUCAAGCUCCCGGGAAGGGAGCCUGUCCCCAUCCAGAGGGGAUGGGUCACCUGUACUGAAUGGUGGGAGUUUAUCCCCUGGAGCUGCAGCAGUAGGGGGUGCCUCAUUGGACAGUCCUGUACAGGCCAUAUCGCCCAGCACACCUUCUGCUGCUGAAGGAUAUGACCUGAAAGUUGGACUUUCCCUGGCGCCGCGACGAGGAUCGCUACCAGAUCAGAAAGAUCUAUGCUUAGGGUCUGUAGAUUUGAAUUGGGAUCAGAAAUCAGGUUCCGUUAGCUGUCAAAUGGAUGCUGUGGACAAUAGGACAGUUGGUGGAAGCAUGAGAAAUCCCCCAGAGCAGACAAAUGGAAUCCAUACCCCACCUCAUGUCACUAGUUCCCUACCAGGGGCGGUGUCACCAGGUGCACUCCGAAGAAGCCUGGAGGCUGUCAAGGCCCUGUCUUCCAAAGGUGCAUCUGGUUCAGCAGCAUUAAGUCCUCCUUUGGUGUCUUCACCAGGAUCCCCUGGUAGCCAGAGUGGGAGCAGUGCCGAGGUGGCGCCAGCACCACGCCCAGGCUCCGCCCAAGGGGAUGGCCAUUCCUUACCUCCGAUCGCUCGUCGCUUGGGCCACCAUCCACCGCAGUCUCUGAAUGUCGGCAAGCCUUUGUAUCAAAGCAUGAACUGCAAACCCAUGCAGAUGUAUGUGCUAGACAUUAAAGACACCAAGGAGAAAGGGCAAGUCAAAUGGAAAGUGUUUAAUAGCAAUUCCGUGGUGGGGCCACCAGAGACCAGCCUACACACUGUAGUGCAAGGCAGGGGGGAACUGAUCAUAUUCGGUGGCCUAAUGGACAAGAAACAGAACGUGAAGUACUAUCCCAAAACAAAUGCCUUGUACUUUGUGCGAGCAAAAAGAUAAUGUGGCAAAAGCUGUUCAACCCCUUCCCUUCCUGCCCCACCCUCUUACCAUGGCUUUCUUUUUUUAACUCUUUCUCUGUCACGCAGGCAUUUAAACUGUGAACUAGGGAACGACAAACCAAUAAAAUCCAAACACAGUUUCAUUGCUGCCCUCCAGUUUCCAGUCUAUGAUCCUGGCUCUGGGCUUGGUUCAGAAAGUCCUAUUUUUAAAAAAAGAGAGAAUAUUCUGUUUACAAAUGGGGAGAAAUCUCCAUUCCAGUGGGAUGAAUUGUUGCUGUGUUCUAGCAGGAGCUUCACUGCGCCUUAUCUUUUGCUGGUAACUAGACCAAGAAUUUGGGGUGAGUGAGUGGGAAAACUUCUAGGAUCCAAUAACUUGUUUAGAAUUUUUCAGGAGUAUAGAGGGCCCUCCUCUCUCUCUCUCUCCAAUUGCAGUUCCUAUAGGUAUGCUGGUAAGAAUGGUCUUCGAAGAACAUACUGAAUAGCUGCAGGCAGGAGGCUGUGUGCUUGUAUGCACUGAUAAAUACCCAUGCUUAUCUGCUGAAUGUGGCUACAUAAUGAAAAUAGCGCUUUUUUUUAAUCUACCAGUAUUGCAGCCAUUACUGUAAUCCUUAAUCAGCAAAAUGACACAGAUGCCUUUUUUCCUAAAUGCUUUGGCCUGAUAGUACUAUUCUUGUCCUAUACAAUGAGAGAGUUAGAAGGGAGAAAGGACAGUUUGACAUUGAAAUGCCAGGAUCAUCCAGUAUUAAAUUUAUACGGCCCACCUUAGUAUUCCACCGGGUAAAGUCCUGCACUCCAAUCAAACCAACAGCUUGGAUUGAUGACUUUGGAACCCCUGACAGUCUUGAGUUGCAAGCUGCCGAAAUACUGCAUACAAAUACAUCAUUGACGUUGAAAACAGUAAAUAAUGGAAGUUACAAUUUUAGAACGAUUUGUACAUGCAUGGUUAGGAUGUUUUAUAAGAAUCAGUGGCUAUGUGCAUCCUUAAGGCUUGACUUCUAAGUUUUCCCCCCCAUAAGAUUUUGUUCUGGAUCCUUUUGUUAUCUUGAGAGUGCUCCACUCUGUACUUGUACCUGUGCAGACAACUGUCCUGCGGGCACUGGGAUGUCUUAGAUCAUCUUUGCUUAUCAAACAGAAAACGUGUGUGUACAAGUUCAGAUUGCUCAAAGUACUUAAGCACAUGCUGAAGUCCUGUUGACAUUAAGCAUGUACUUAAGUGCUUUGCGGAACUGUAGCUACACAGACCAUAUUCGAUUCUUUUUCAUAGCUUGUUUGAGCUAGUAAUAUAUGCAGUUACUACAGUUCAAAUUCCCUGGUUCAUGCUUAUAUUAAAGUUAUCCUGAUGGAUAAUGCAUCAGAAAAUAAUAUUAAUCCCAAAUAACAUUACAAUUAUAUCAACCAACCAAAGCAAGGGAAAUUCAGAUGUAAAGCUGCUGCUCCAUCCUUUACUACAGAUAUUACGUUUUAUCAGUUUGCUACUCCUUCAGUCUUACUCCAGAGUGCUUUCUUUUCAAUUACUUUGAAUUUUUUAUAGCUUUCUUUGAGUGUACAAGACAUUUUGGCAGUCACUGAACUGGCAAAUUUUAGUCUGGAAGGGAUUUUUUCAGCCAAGUUACAAAUACCUGCAAAGUAGGGGUUGAAGUGGAAUGCUGUCCCAGCAUUAACAGCCUCCAGGGUAAUCACUGAUGCUGAGAAUUCAGUUACCUAAAUCAACAAAGACUUUAGUUCAAAUCAAUUCCGAUUCCUUUUAAUGUACACUUUUGGAUGAAUUCUCUUUCCUUCCCUCUGCAGCUUGGAAGAAUUGCAAUUGAGAUCGGCUGAUCCACAGAGGGGCACCAGUUUGCCAUAGGUUUCUUUCACUAGCCUGUGAUCCUGGCUGCUUCUGAAGCCUGCAGUUUUCAUCGGACAUUGUGGAUUGUUAAAUCUGUUGGCCCCUGUUCUGCAAUAGGCUCCACCCACACACGGCCCUGUUGUAGUUGCUGGGGCUUCACACAUUGCAGGAUUCAAGGUUUAUUAUUUUUAUGGCUCUUUCUAAAGCGAAAACUACUUGUUGCUCACACCAGCAGGUUCAGAAAGUUGGCAAUGCUGGUUUAAAAAAAGCAGGGGGAGGGACUGACAAGCUAGGCUGCACAAUGUCUCAUUAAACAAUAACGAACUAGAAAAUACACUUUGAAGCCAGUACCCAGACCUGCCUGAAAGUGACCUGCCCCUGCGGUACACCACAUUGUGGUGGUAAUACUGUCACUGAAGCACAAAGCUCAGCUUUCCCUCAUUUCACUAUAUCAGGAUAGUCUCCAGCUUUGCCUUGGCCAGGCAAAGUUGGGGCUGUUCAGAGAGAGGAGCAUUUAGUUAACUACUGAGCAUGCAUAGUCCUGAAGUGGUGGUUGAGCGCUGAGAAAACGUUCAGAAACUGCCUGCAUUCCUUGAGCAGACUAAUCACAAAAUAAAUCUUAAUACAUGUGUGGCAUAAAAGUAGGAAAUCCUUUCCUAAUCACAGUGAAACCUGCACAGUGGGAAGAUCUUUGAUAGUUGUCAUUGCAUUGGAUGUACCAUGAAGUGGCUCCUUUAAGAUUUCCAAUAUGAUUUUGUUUGGACUUUUAACUGUCUCCACUGGGCCACUGAGUUUUACUGGACCUUUGGUGGUCGCUUAAGACAGUCUUCUAAAUCUAGAAUCACAAGCCUUUUUAAAGGGAAAAAACCCUUCUCUAACUUCAGUAUUCUUUCCCAUUCUGCCCCCGCUGAGAAGGUAUUUGUUUAUUCAACAAGCCACAAAUGGUUUCUUUGAAGCUGAUGGUUUAAAAAUGAAAGAAAUCCAACCAUGGCUUUAUAUUUAUCUCCAGGCCUCCAGUAAAACCUGCCUCCGUUAGACUGAAAGGCACUGAAGGUACCUCUUUGUACACUGCAUUUUCAGCACACAGUCUCCUUCAAUUUCUGUGCUCAUCUUGAGUGCAAGAAUCAGUUUUGUAAAAUGCAAAGAUUGUGGUGGGGUGGUUUGAAAUCCUUUUACGGGACAAAACAAAUUCAGCCACUGUUGGUUUGUUAAUGCUGGACUGGGUUUAAUGAAAACCUGGUCUAUCUCCCAGAUCCUCCAGUGUCACUUGAGCUUUGAAAAAUUGAUUUGAGGGUGUGAGCUAUAUUUGAAUGCACCUUUAAUGCUGUUAUAUAGAAUGUUUAAGUCCAGCUCUGAUUAUAUUUAACAUGUAAGCAGUUUUGUCUCAAUUAAAUGAGACAUCCCGCCCUACAGUAUCUUUAUCAAUAUUUAAAAUGUUCUUCUUGAAGCUUUAACCCCUGCCAUGGCUGCAGAGGGGCCUUUCACAAUGAUGGCAUUGGGUUGACUGCUGUUGCUUAAUGUAGCAGAAGUGGGUAGCCAGUGUUUGGGGUUUUUUUGUUUUUGUUCCUCUGCCCCAGCUUGAUCAGAACUCCAUUGUGAUUUCCCUGUACAGGAUGAGAUUGACACGUUUCAUUUGCAUGUCUGUCUUUCACCCAGGGUUGUUUGAGAGCAAAACCUGAAAGUUUUAAAAAGCCAACUGCUAAUGAAUUUACACUGUCUGUCACUAUAGGAUUUAUACUCUUCCCCACAGACGCACACAUCAUACCCCAGCCCUCAAGUGCUUGAAGUUCACUGCAGAAGAUAACUGUACAAAGUGACAUAGGAAGUGGUCUGGGUAAUUCUGUGGGCAAUUAUCAUAGCUUCAUACCAGGUUGCAAGCCACAUGGAAACUGUAAGGGGUCUUCCCGGUCUUGCUUGUGCAUUUCCCAAUUCAUAUUUCCAUCUGUUCUAGUCCAUGUGGUGAUCCUGGCAUGAUGAUGUUUCACUGCUUUGCUUCAUUUGUGGCCUCUUUACCAACACAUUCAUGUUCUGCUAGGUCAGCAGACUGGAGUGGAAGGACCCAGGAACACACAAAGCAGCCCCUUUGCCUUUCCCUCCUCUGCCCUGUGUGUGUUGCAGAAGGCAUGUUCUGCAUGGUUUCAACAUGGCUCCCAAAGUGGUCUCUAUGAAUGACAGAAAUGUGGGUCUUUAUUUCUUCCCCCAUCCUGUCCCCAAACAAACAGGUUUCAUGUAAUACGCACAAAGUGUGAUCCAAUGUAGCUGGUGCUGUGACUCAGGUGUACGGGAUGACUUUGCCCAAUUCGUCAUUUUAGGCUCAUCCAAGUGUAGGAAUGAAAAGUGGAUUUCAUUGAUAUUUAAAUGUGUAAAUUUCAUUUUUGUUAAUGUUUUCCCCAAUGAAUUUUUAGCAAUUUAACAAAUAAAUAAUAAUAAAAAGA